AUGCGUACCGUUUUUCAGGAAGAGAUCACAGACAAGGAGGGUUGCGCCAUUGAAGUUGGCGACAGCGUUGCGACGAGGUUCAGGGGCGGAAAGCGUCAAGGAGAGGUCGAAGCUAUUAUCGUGAAUAAACAAGACGCGAAAGAGCAGGGUCCUGACCUCGACGUGAACAUUAAGAAUCCGCCGAAGGUGGUGUUCCAGGAUCAGGUGAGCGUACUCGUUCAAUGA